UUUAGUUCUGCUCGGUCCUCCGAGAAGCACGUCUUUCCUUGUUGAGCUUACUUUUCAACUAAUAUCAAGAUUUUUUUAAGAUGGCCUUCAGUGCGGACGAAUUCACGGUCUCCUGCAGUGAAACCGAAGGCAUGAGACUCUACGAGCUCCUGACGAAGGUAAUACAGAGAGAUGAAGACAAGAAGAUCCAGGUGCUUAGCAUCGGCCCCGCGAACGACAAGGAGGUCGUCUCAGUGCUCCUGCUGGGGGAGACGGGCGCCGGGAAGACUCGCCUGAUCAAUGCGCUUUUGAACAUCGUCUUCGGAGUCCAGUUGGCCGAUGACUUCCGGUUCGUGUUGAAGGACCAGAUGGAUCUCACCAGCAAGAGUCAGAUCCACAGCCAGACGGACUACAUAACAGCCUAUUUGAUUCAUCAUAUGGACGGAAUGCUGAUCAACAAUAACCUAAUGAUCAUAGACACGCCGGGGUUUGGUGAUACGAGAGGUGUUGAGUACCAGAAUCGCGUUAUGGAACGUUUGUCUUUUUUUUUGUUAAAUGAUUUUGGAAUUGAUAAUCUACAUUGCAUUGGACUGGUCGCCAAAGCUAAUCAGACCAGAAUUUCAAGAUCCCAGAUCAAUAUCCUGAAUGCUUUCUCCUCACUGUUAUCACAUGACGUCACUCCCAUAACAAAACUUUUGGCUACAUUUGCCUCUGACGAUAAUCACGUACACGAAGUCGUGAAAUCUGCUGGCAUUAACUUCAGUAGCGUCUAUGAGUUCGAUAACUGGCCUCUUUACAUAACACGCAAUAACACGGAUCGUAGGUCAAGCCUUAAUCACGAAUACAGAUGGGACAACAUGCAGGAGAAGAACUUACGAUUUCUGAGAGAGUUAAGUGCAGUGCCUCCCGUCAGCCUCAAAAGCACGCGGCAGCUCCAAGCAGAUCGAAGGCUUCUUGCAGAGACCAAAGCCAAGCUGAAGGAUGAAGUCAAACGCGAAGCUUCUCUGACACGAGCUCACGAUAAGCUGAAAACAGAAAUGAACAAGCUACUAGAGAAAGCAGAGAAGAUUAAGUGGAAAUACAAUGAAAAAUACGUUUCUUACGACAGGUGCGAAGUUGAGAGUGGUUUUCACACACACAACUGCAAGAUCUGCAAGAAGACCUGCGAGACUUGCAGGGACCCCUCAAACAUCAGGGCUGGGAUCGUGGGAACAACCACGGGUGUAGGAACCGGCGUAGCAACAGGGAUCUUCUCUGCCAUGAUAAGUGGAGUAGUAAUUGGGGCCGAAGUUGGCCUAUUUGGGGGUCCAGUAGGCGCGACUAUAGGGUCUUCGAUCGGUGCAGCAAGUGCUUUGACCUCUGGCCUUAUUGCAGGAAUCAGGAGUAGGAAAACGAAGUUUGAAUGUCCGCUUGCAUCUUCGGAUAGAACGUGUGAAAAAAACGGAUGCUCACAUAAGAUGUCAGAACAUGAAAUAGGGAGUUAUUCAAUAACCGAAUCUGAAAACUGGACUGAGAAGGUUAAUUUAUUGUUAAAAGCUAAAUAUGAUGAAUUGAUCAAUCAAAGUCGCAAAACAGAGAGUCUCAUGAAAGAAAAGGAGGAGCAGAUUCAUGGUUGUAGAGUCUCCUUAAAGAAGAAGGCGAUGAAGGUAGUAAACAACAUCAAAGCAAUAAGCGAGCUGAGUCUAGAAUCCGAUUCGCUUACUCAAGAGAAGUUCCUUGAGGAGACGAUUGCUGAAGUGAAGGAUCUGGAGGAAGUUAGGAUCCUGAGAACAAUCUUUUCGGAUGUGGCUUAACUGGACAGUAUCAUGGAAUAAGGCCUUUAUUUGCAAGACAUUUCAGGCCAACUGAAUUAAACUAGGAAGUAGCACUUAGUUGUUUUAAUUUCAAUAAAACAAGAAUGGGAACUGAUUGCAUUCUAGUUAUUGAUUAAACACUGCCUUCUAUUUUGAAAUGUAUUAGCGAAAACAAGUGGAAUCUUAAAAUAUGUUUAACAAAUGUAUUAAAUAUGAAGAAAGAAACCUGCUCUUAACUUUAGAAAAAUGUAUAGGUGAUUAGAUUUACAAAGCACUACAGCAAUAUAGCAUCUCAAGAGUAUUGAACCAGUAUUACAAAUUUCUUCUCGAGUGAUUGCUAUUUCAAUAAAUUUUAAACAUUCUUUCUAGGUCAUGGGAUAUUUUCUUGUUAAUUGGGUACUUAUUGUUAUGAUCGACUGUAUUUAGUCAAACAAUGUACAAGUGUAUUCAGUAGAAUAAAAAAAUGGUAUAUACA